AAGGACAUCAGACGUUUUUAUUCUCUCACUAGAAAUCUACUCCCGUGAUAAAUAAAUACAUCAUUUCCUUUAAGGGAUUGUUAGACCCAAUAGCAGAAACAAUUAAAGUCAUUCCUUAGACUCGCGAUCAUGACAUCUAAAAUCAUUCUCCUAGUUCUUGCCACGAUUGCGGCAGUGGCUGCAGUUCCUCACAAGGCUCUGAAACGCCCCAAUCAUGACCACAUCGACUACUACGACUGCACGGGGAAAGCGACCGGGAAACACGUCCACCCCACCGACUGCACACGCUUCAUCUCCUGUUCUGCAGGCGGUGUGGCGAGUGACAUGGCGUGUCCCGACUGCAACCAACAUGAUGAAAAGUGCGCUGGAGAGCCGUUCCUACGUUGGAGUGCGGCCACAGGAAACUGUGAAUGGCCUGCCGACACAGAAUGCUCCACCGAUGGCGAUGAUUCAUCUGGCGACAGUGACUGUGAGGGUAUUGCUGUGGAUGGUGAUUGCGACAAGGACACCUGCGAACAUUGCGGAUUUUGCAAGGACAAAAUGUCACACUUUUACCGAUGCAAUCGUACUUUCCCAUCCGACCCAAAGCUAGAAAUUACUGGAAAGUGGGUCCUCGAGUCUUGUGAUUCAGAUUUGUGGUGGAACCCUGACCUCAAGCCUGAAGGUGUUGCUGUGGGUGGGGCGUGUGACAAAUGGGACAAUUUGUCUCCAGAGACGCAGAAAAAGUACAAAGAUGACAAAUCCUGCGUCGACAUACCUCCAGUUUGUGCGUGGGGACAAGACGAGGCAGACAAAUGCUCAGAACGGUACUGGUAUUUGGACCCCGCAACGAUGAGCGAGAAGGAAAACCUUAGUUGUCCAAGUGGACUUUUGUGGGAUCAAGCUACUGAGACAUGUCGGUCAUGUGCGAAUAUCGAUGCUUGUGAAUGCUAAAGGCAAAGAGUAGAAACUUUUUUAAAUGUUUUAUUAAUUUGAUAAUCCCAAAAUAAAAUUAAAAUGAGACUGACAAAAUACA